UUGCAGAGCUUAUUCAACGAAAGUACCUACGACAAAAGUACGUUGCCUUCCUCAGAGUCAACUAAAGCUGUCGUUGAAUUGACCAUACAAAGUAUACGAGAAAUUAGUGAAUUUUCUAGCAGUUUUAAGGCUGACGUUUGGUUUAGUCAAAUAUGGCAUGACCCAAGGCUUGAUUUCCAGGCAAAAAAUUUAUGCCUAACAAAUUUGUCAUUAUCCGCCCAUCAACUGCCUAACUUCUGGACGCCCAAUGUGUGUUUUGCCAACAGUCGAAAGGUUGAAAUACACUCCUCACCUUCACAAAACAUUCUUCUUCUAAUAUUCCCGAACGGAACAGUAUGGUUAAACUACAGGUAUAAAUAA